AAGCAUCUUCUUCCUUCCUCCCAACUUUUCAGUUUCUCUCUCUUCGCCCCCUUCAACUUUCCAAAAUUCACAUGGAACCCCCACUUCUCCCCAAUCCACCAAUUUCCACCACCAUCACAACCCCACAACAACCACCACCACCACCACAACAAACAUCACUAGAUUCCAACAACUCUUCCUCAUGGGACGACCAGAGCCAACAACCAUCACAACAACAAAAGAUCCGUCUUAUGUGUAGUUACGGUGGUCACAUAAUCCCACGACCACACGAUAAAUCCCUUUGUUACGUCGGUGGUGACACACGUAUCUUCGUAACAAACCGUAACACUUCCUUAACGGAACUCUCCGCCCGUCUUUCCAAAAACCUUUUAUCUAAUCGACCUUUUUGGUUGAAAUAUCAAUUACCUAAUGAAGACCUUGAUUCACUUAUCUCUGUUACAACAGAUGAAGAUUUAGAAAACAUGAUUGAUGAAUAUGAACGUGUUGCUAAAAGUAGCCGUAUUCGUGUUUUUUUAUUUACUAGUCAUGAGUUUGAUAAUUCGGCUGUUUCUUCAAUUGGGUCACUUUUGCAAAGUUCGACUAAAUCUGAGGAUUGGUUUGUACAUGCUUUAAAUAAUGGAGCAGCAGCAGCAGCAAAUUCUGCUUCAACUACAACAAAUAAGGUGUUUUCUGAGAGUUCUUCUGUUAAUUGUCUGUUGGGUCUUGACGAUGAUGUUGGGAAACUAGAUGGAUCAUUUGGUGGUGCAAAAAAUGUGCAAAUUAAUCCACAAGACGUACAGUCUGUACCUGAUUCACCUAUGGUUGAAACGGCGUCGUCUUUUGGGUCGACUAAUUCGACACCAUCGAUGACGAAUUUACCCCCGAUUAAAGUACACGUGGAGGAGAAUAAUAAUAAUAACCAAAGGGUUGGAAUUGAAGAACAGUUUUCACAGUUAGGUGUGAAAACUGUGACUUCACCGGUUGUUCCGGUGACGGGAACUGUGUUUUCCGGUGUGCCGGUGGUUGUUGGUGGUGGGGAUUAUGUUAAUCGGGUUUAUUCGGAUGAUGAGAGAUCGGAUCAAGGUGUUGGUGUUGGUUAUAGAAAUAAUAACACAGUUCAAAUGCAGCAGCAACAGUUACAGCAGCAGCCACAACAAUUGCAGCCUAAGCCUAUUGUUGUUCCUUCUGAUUUGCCUUCUCCUAAUUCAGUUUCAAGUGAGAGCAGUGUGACAAAUCCUUUGUCUGGGCAAAGGCAUUUCUUUUAUCAAGAACAAGGGGUUCAAAUUCAGUCAGGGAACAAUAGGAUAUCUCCUAAUUCAAUUGAAAUGAAGCAUCACAGUGAUCCGAAUAAUAGGGCUCAGGUACAACAACAGCAAGUCCAGGAGGCUGCUGGAUAUGCACUGCCAGUCCAGUAUGAUCAGCAGCAGCAACAACAAAUGUAUCAUCAACCCCAACAACAAUAUGUUCAUGCUAGUCAAUAUAUCCACCAUACCCCUUCCGGCCCUGUGCCAAUGGCAUCUUAUUAUCCUAUAUACCAUUCUCAGCAGCAGCAGCAGCAGCAGCAGCAACAAACUCAUCCUCAUCAGCACCCUGGUCUUGAGCAGCACCAGUACCCUGUUUACUUCGUUCAUUCUAGACAACCUUCGCAAGCUUAUAAUUUGCCAGUGCAGCAAACAAAUUAUAGCGAGUCUGCUCAAACAAUCGCUUCUAACCAACCCCAAACACCUCCCGCUUCUAGCAUGGCUAGAAACGCUCCUGCCUCCAAGCCUGAAAUGACAGCUGGCACAUAUAGAACUGCGGCUGCAGCGGCCCCACAAUUGGUUCAGAUCCCUCCAGGUCAGCAUCAGCAUCAGCAUCAGCAUCAGCAGCAAUAUGUGGGGUACUCUCAGAUUCACCAUCCAUCUCAGCCAAUUCCUCCUACAUCAGCUGCUACUGCCAAUUAUGCGUAUGAACAAAUAUACUACUCUCAGGCUCAUGCUCCCCAGUUUUCUGCUCAAUACCAAACCAUGACAUCACAUAAUAAUUCUUCUCAGCUUCCCACGGAAAACAAUCAACCAACAAGUUAGGAUUUCACAAGCCAUGAAAGGUGAGUUUGCACAUGAAGAAACAAUUUUGUGGCCAUGGAUUUGGUGUAUG